UGCCACGCUAUGACGAAAAUCCUCAUCGUUGGGAUGGCAGUCCUCUGCCUAUCCGUCGGAGUCCUAGGAUUUAAGCCCCUGCUCUUGGAAGAGAAUUGCGGAUUCGAAAACCAAAUAUCCGCGAGAAUCAUGAACGGCCAAGCUGCCAAGUUGGGAGAAAAUCCAUGGAUGGCUUAUCUGAAAACUCCCAGUGGGUCCAAGUGUGCCGGAACCCUCAUAAAUCACUGGUUCGUUUUAACGACGGCUCAGUGCAUUCCCGACGAUUUAGCAAUAACUGUUCGCCUGGGCGAGUACAACACGAAAACAAAGCAUGAUUGUGAGAAUCGCAGGUGCCAGGGAGACGCCGAGGAGUACGAAGUGGACAUGGCAUUCAGGCAUACGAAGUACAAGCCGAGUGAGCAUCUCAAUGACAUCGGAUUGUUGCGACUCGAGAGGAGGGUGGAGUAUUUUGCUCACAUCCGGCCCAUCUGUAUUUUCGUGGACGAACGACUGAGGGAUCAUGUAAAUCUGCUCACCUGGUUCACAACUGUCGGUUGGGGAAAGACUGCCGACAAUAAGAGCAGCAACAUCCUCCAGAAAAUUGACAUCAGUCGCCAACCCAAGGAGUUGUGCUCCGAGAUCUUUGGCCACUCCUUGACCUCAGAUCAGAUCUGUGCUGGCAACCAAAACGGGGCCCUCUGCACUGGCGACCUUGGUGGUCCGCAGAUGCGGCUAAUGUGGCACAACAACCAUGAUCGUUAUGUUCAACUGGGGAUCGCCAGUUGGGUGAGCGAUAAGUGUCUCAAUGGAAGCAUUUUCACGAAUCUCUUGCCUCACGGUCACUGGAUCGAACGCGUGGUAAGGCAGUUUGGACCUGUCCAAGAUCUGCAGAGACCUUCAGCCACUAUUCCGGACUUGCCCGACUUCUAUCAACCCAUUUAAUUUCAUGUCAAAAAACAAAGCUUUUCAAUACCUAUUCCUGAUUUAAGAAACGGUCUAUUUAAAUUAAUUUUUUUUUUAAUAAAUAAUCG